AUGACACUCAGCUGUCACUCUUUGGCUGAAAAUGAGACAAAUGUCACCUGUCCAGAACACCAAAGGGCUUUCGGGGGCUCUUGCUUUGAAUUUGUGGGUAUCCGGCGCUCUUUCUUCAGUGCUCAAGCUUGGUGUGAGGGGAAUGGAGGACACCUUGCUUUUAUCCCUGACGAGGACACCCAGUACUUCCUUGAGAGACACAUGGACACUAAGGAAGACUUUUGGUUUGGUGUGGCACCAUCUGCUGAAGGUCAUCUCUCUUGGCUCGAUGGUUCACCUGCCACAUAUUCAAAGUGGGUGAGCAGUCCAGAGCCUGGAGCAGCUUGUGGCUACGUCCUGAGAAACUCGGGCUUUCACUGGGAGGCCAGAAACAACUGCAGCAAAAACCGGCGUUUUAUUUGCCAGUUUGAGUCUGGGAGAACCAUUGUGUGUGAGGGUCGUAACACCACUCUGCAGUGUGGUUCGGGUCAGGUGUUGAUGAUAGACGGUGGCUUCUACGGUCGUAAGAGUAUUCAUUACUGUCGAUCCAAGUUCCCUCCACCAGCAUCCCCACAACAUGAGUGCGGCUGGGCGGACGCUGUAGAAUCAAUUACAGCUCGUUGCCACGGCCGACAGGUCUGCCAGAUCGCUGAAGUUGCGAACUCCUUUGCUGACCCUUGUCCUCAGCUGAAGAGCUAUCUGUCUGUGGACUACCACUGCAAAGACGGGCUCGCACUGUCAGUUAAUCCCACCGCUGUGGUUCUUGGUGACGUCAGAAUCCACGUGAAGUGGCUUUUACAUUCACCCCUGACAAACUUUAGCUGCAGAGUGAACACAGGAGAUGGCCAUGUAAUUAAUUUGAACAAUCCAAAAGGGUUGGAGAACAGUGUGGUGCACAAAUACACUCACCCAGGUACCUUUAUUGUGGCAGCUGAAUGCACUUGCAGUGAAAUGCACAUUAAAGCUCAGAAAAUAAUUACGAUUCAAGAGCCUGUUGCAGAGAUCGGUGUUAUCAAGUGCUAUGCUGGAAACCUGUCUUUUUAUGAAACCAACUGCAAAGCCCUGUAUGGAGAAGCCUUUCAGAUUCAAAUGGAAGUAAAAGCAGGUACAAAUGUGACCUACAGAAUCGAAGCUGAUGAAAAGUCGUUGUCCGGUUUAUCUGCGGUCAGAGGAACAGAACCCCAGAACGUCACAGUAACAUCAGAAAUAGUGACGCAGCUCGGGUCUGGCUGCCACCAUCUGACACUUUAUGCGUCUAACACGGUCACAUUCCUUGAAGUGUCCAAAGACCUGCAGCAGGUGAAAGUGGCAUGCAAGAGGUCCAAGGAGGGUCUGGAAUACACUUAUAGCGACAGGCCUGGCAGGGAGGCAGGCAGGCGAAGUGCCAUGAUGGAGGGGGUUACAACCAGAUAUCAGGAAACCAGCAUCCAGACAGCGAUAGUUCAGUUUGAGAAGCGUAACGCCCAGGCGGGUAGUGCGUUAGCUGUAGAUCUGGCAGAGGCCUGUUGUUCUAUAGAAGCAAAACUCAGAGUUUGGAACAUCUUCUCCUCUCUUGAAGUGGUGCUGAAUAUAUCUGCUUCUUGUGAUAAAGAUUUAGGCUUUAAACCCAGUGAUCAAAAUUACAUUUUGUUUGGAAUGAACAACAGACGGAGAAAGAAGCAUGUUGGAGUUGGCAGAGCUCUACUGACACUCACCGCUAACCGUUUAGCUACAAUAACUCAAAGAGAUGGAGGGAAAGGAGGCUGCGGAAACAGCGACUGUGGAAAAGGCAACUGUGAAAAAGGCAACUGCGAAAAAGGGGGAGGAGACUGUGGCAAAUGCGACUGUGGAAAAGGCAACUGCGAUAAAGGGGGAGAAGACUGUGGAAAAGGCAACUGCGAAAAAGGGGGAGGAGACUGUUGCAAAGACGACCGUGGAAAAGACAACUGCGGAAAAGGGGGAGGAGACUGUUGCAAAGACGACCACGGAAAAGGCAACUGCAAAAAAGGGGGAGGAGACUGUUGCAAAGACGACCGUGGAAAAGACAACUGCGAAAAAGGGGGAGAAGACUGUUGCAAAGACGACCGUAAGACUCUGCGAUGCAGUCAGAGCAAUGAAGUAAAAUUCAUCUUCCUUCCUCUCGGAGACAGCAAUUCUAACUACAAACUGAAUAUACUGGCAACUGCAACGGGUGAAGGCCAAACAGUGCUCAGCACCACUAUAACUGCACAGGUUAUGGAUUCAACUUUGAGCGUAAGCUCAAUAGAGAACAUCUUGGAUCAGCUAAAGGCAGAAGGCCAGCUGUCACCAGAAGUCGCUGGACAACUCCUCAGUUCUCUGGCCAAUAAACUUAACGACCAAACUGAUCCUGCAGGACAAGCAGAUAGGCAAGCGCUUCGACAGAAGAUGCUGGACAUAUUGAUUGCUUUAGUAAAUGAAAAUCUCAACAAAAGUCUACAAGACGUUCAGGCGUUAGCCACAGCACUUGCUUCUCUCGUCAAGAAAGGGACUGAACUCGAUACAUCAGCACAGGAAAGGGCCGCGUCAUUGUUCGCAACCCUGAGUUCAUUUCUCCUCCACAUGGAUCUAAACGCAACUGAAGUCUUUGCCACAGCCAACAUUAUUGUGGAGGGCAUAAGCAACAUGCUCGACUAUUGUCCCAGUAAAAUCACCUCAGAUAGCCUUCUUGGUGCCCUGUUCAAUAUACAGAGUGCGAUGUUGGUCUUUAUGGAACUCAAUGAGGACUCAAGCAUAAUUCGGCAAACGCACGUUAAAGUAUUUGUCAGAAGAGUUUUACCAGCAGUCUUGUACACAGGCUCAGUAAAUAUUACCAACUGUACCUGCAUCACAUUUUCUGUUCCACAACUACCCUCUACCAUACUUCCUUCAGACAAACCAGUGGAUGUGCGAAUGCUGAACUUAGAUGUAAACCCAUUUUGUUGGAAGGUGGGAUGGGACAUCAGCAGAUUUGUAGGUUCUUUAUCCCUCACAACAAAAGAAGGGUCUGUUAUCCCUGUGGAAAACUUAAGUAAGGAUAUUCAGAUCGUGUUUCCACGGUUUGCUGGAGAACAAGUGAACACCACUAUUCUGGACUUGGGGAACUUCAGCACAACGGUUAUUGAUAUUCCUUCAGCGAACUCUACUCUGGUUCUAAAGAUGAUGCCUUCAAAGGUUCCUUUACCCUUCAAAGUCCUCCUUGGUUAUAAUGACUACCCUACUGAGACAAAUUAUGUAGCGGCAACAGAGAUGCCUCAGCAGGGAGCCACACAAGAGGAGAAAUACACAUGGCUCCUGCACCCUGAGGAUUUAAAGGGCAACACUGGAGUGCAUUAUCUUGUUGUGAGACCCAUAGUGGGCCCAGGUAUAAAAUCUAUAAAUGCCAGUUUAUCAAUUACGCCCAUCACAACCUCAUGUCAAUUUUGGAAUAUAUCACUACUGGACUGGAGCAAAUCUGGAUGCAGAGUAAGUGCAACAUUUUAAUCUGCUACACGUACACUGUUGUCUUUCAAGGUUGGUGCCAAUACCACGCAUUUAGAAACCCAGUGCCUCUGCAACCACCUCACCUUCUUUGGGAACUCCUUCUUUGUCACUCCCAACCUUGUCGACCCGUCACGCACUGCCGAGCUAUUUGCAACCUUUGCCGAUAAUCCUGUGGUUGUGUGCUUCGUCCUGGCACUCUUUUUGGCGUAUCUCUUGGUCCUCGUGUGGGCAAGACGAAAAGAUAUUCAAGACACAGUCAAGGUAAAGGUGACAGAGCUGGAGGACAAUGAUCCAAUGGAUGAGUAUCGCUACCUGUUGAGUGUCUGUACCGGGCAUCGUAUAGGAGCCUCCACUUCCUCUCAGGUGACAGUUACUCUGCUGGGUACAGAAGGACACAGCGAGCCUCACCACUUGACAGAUUCAAAGAAACGUGUGUUUGAAAGGGGAGCAGUGGACAUGUUCCUGCUAACUACGCCCUUCUCCCUGGGAGACCUGCAGGGCAUCAGACUAUGGCACAACAAUUCAGGAAGCCAUUCUGCCUGGUACGUAGGCAAUGUCAUGGUGCAGGAUUUACAGACAGAGGAGAAAUGGCAUUUUCUAUGUAAUUCCUGGCUGUCGGUAGACAUUGAUGACUGUUCCCUCGAUAAAAUAUUUCCUGCUGCAACAGAGAUGGAUCUAAAGAGGUUCAGUAAUUUGUUCUUCACAAAGACAACAAAGGAUUUCAAUGACGGACACCUCUGGAUUUCGGUGAUCAGUCGACCACCAAGCAGCCACUUCACCCGUGUGCAGAGAGUGUCCUGCUGUUUUUCUCUGCUGCUCUGUACCAUGUUAACCAGUAUCAUGUUUUAUGGGAUCCCAAAAGACCCCUCUGACCAAGUAAUGGACCUAGGAAGUUUUGAGUUUACUUGGCAGCAGUUCAUGAUUGGAGUUCAGAGUUCCCUCAUCAUGUUUCCCGUCAAUAUCCUCAUCGUCAGUAUUUUCAGAUUCACUCGUCCUCGGGAGUUUUCUUGUUGCCAGCGCAAAAGAAAGAAAAAGAACACACAAGAUUCUUCUGCCACAACGGACAUGACUAACAGAGUGUCUUUAGAUGUUAUCAUUAAGGACAUCACAAGAAUUGCCCACUCGCUCUCUAAGACGAUGAAAAGCAACGUCGCAUGCAAGGAGUUUAAGUUUGUGCCUGAACAAGAAAAUGAUGUCAAUGCUAUUCUUUCUGUGUUGAAAGACUUAAUCACACAGAAUAACACAGCUGGUGAAAAUAUCGAGACAGAAACAGAGCCUCAGCUAUCAGAUAGCAGUGCUUAUCCAGCAUCGGAAGAGGGGGUGAUUCAGAAGAACAGAAACAAAAGCCAGUAUCUGUACAGACAACUGUGUCGCAUCGACAGUGAGUUGAGUCAGCUGGGUCCCUCAGGCUUCCCGAAUCCACACAGCUACAAGCAGGCGCUGCAGCAAGUCCAGAGCAUGAAGGAGUUUCUUGAAGAUCAACUCGUCGCAUCCAACAGAGGCGUUCCAGAUGAACCCACCAACAAAACGGCCAGUCCGUCAGACAGCUCUGAUGGCGAUGGCGGUGAGAAAAAAAGGACGUGUUGUCACGGAGGUCUACCCUGGUGGUUUAUUUUUUUUGGCUGGCUGCUGGUGAUCGCAACCAGUGUCAUAUCAGGCUAUUUCACAAUGCUGUAUGGCUUGAAAUUUGGAAAACCGCGCUCCAUAAGUUGGUUGGUGUCCAUGGUUAUUUCCUUCUUUCAGAGUGUCCUCCUUAUUCAGCCGCUGAAGGUGCUUUGUCUUGCAAUCUUCUUUGCUCUUGUGAUUAAAAAAGUCGAAGAGGAAGAUUUUCAAAAUGUUCAAUUUGAAAGAAACCACAGAAAUAUCGGUGAACAAAUGUUUGUGCGCUAUGGCAGUGUUUAUGAGCCUCCGCCUCUGGCAGACGUAGAAAAAAUGAGGAGGAACAGGAUGCUGGAACAGAAAGCCUUUGCUCUAAUCAAGGAGAUACUGAUCUACAUGGGGUUCCUGUGGAUGCUGCUGCUGGUGGCACAUGGCCAGAGAGAUCCAAAUGCUUUUUACCUAAACACACACAUUAAACAAAGCUUCUGUGGAAAUGCCCCAGCCACCAUGGCAAUUCAAGAUGUAUUCAACUGGGCCAAGACAUCUCUACUCAGUAACCUCUUUGGACAAUAUCCAGGAUUCAUCACUGAUGGAAACUCGAAGCUUCUGGGAAAUGCACGUCUUCGUCAACUGAGAGUGAAGAAGAACUCAUGUCAGAUUGCAGGCCCCAUGCUAAAGAUGGUGCCAGGCUGUAGCGCUCCAUAUUCAUGGGAAGCGGAGGACAUGGGCUCCUAUGGACCUGGCUGGAACACGUCUGUUGGAAAUAACAUCUCUGCAAGCAUUUCCAGUCCCUGGACGUACCAGACACACUCUCAACUCAGAGCUUACCCCGUCUGGGGAGAAUUGGCGCUCUACAGAGGGGGAGGCUUUUCAGUGGAGCUCGGCCCAGAUUUACAAACUGCAACCAGCACCCUCGAGUAUCUGUUCAACAAUAUGUGGUUCAAUGUGUACACGCGGGCCAUCUUUGUUGAGUUCACUGUUUAUAAUGCAAAUGUGAAUCUCCUCUGCAUUGUCACGCUUUUGUUGGAGUCCCCUGCUGUAGGAGCCUUUCAGUUAAACAGUGAAAUGCAGAGUGUUCAUCUCUACCUGCCAGGUGACGGCCUUUACAUCUGCGUUAUAACCGCUGAGAUCAUUUAUAUGCUUUUCAUCCUCUAUUACAUGUUCAAUCAGGGGAAAUUAAUGAAGCAGCAGCGUUGGCUUUACUUCAAGAACAAAUGGAACCUUCUGGAGCUUUCUAUCAUCCUGCUGAGCUGGAGUGCCGUGGCCGCCUUUAUCCAGAGGACUCUGAUCACGAACCGUGAUAUAGCAUACUACCAAAACCACAACGACAAGUUUGUCAGUUUUUACCAGACAGGCACAUCAGAAUCACUUUUUCAGUAUCUGAUGGCUUUCCUGGUCCUGCUCGCCACUGUCAAACUGUGGCACCUGCUUAGACUUAACCCAAAGAUGAACAUGAUCACAGCUGCACUGCAGCGAGCCUGGACCAGCAUAAGUGGUCUUCUUCUGAUCAUUGUGAUCAUGUUGCUGGCUUAUUCCAUUGCAUGUAACGUGAUUUAUGGCUGGAAACUAUCCUCUUAUAAAACUUUUAUGGAUGCUCUCGUGACUCUCAUCGGUUUGCAGAUAGGCAUCUUUAACUAUGAUGAGGUCCUGGCCAGCAAUCCUGUGCUUGGUGGGUUACUCAUUGGUUCCUGUAUAGUUUUUGUGACAUUCGUGGUGCUCAAUUUCCUGCUCUCGGUGAUCCUCGUGGCAUUCAAUCAGGAGCAAAAAUACCACAAGCCUUCUGAAGAGGAGGAGAUUGUCGACCUGAUGCUGAUGAAAAUCUACAGUCUUUUUGGCAUCAAACGUAAACAUGCAAAGGACACCCGGGAGUCCGACGUUCUGUCUGAGAGACACAAUGUUGGAUUCUCAGCGUAUAAGAGCACACUUGAUCAUGCAGCAGCGAACAGCGCAGAGGUCGUGACAGUUUCUGGUGGUUUUGAAAGUCAAGCAUAA